UGGAGAACUAAAUGCGUCAACUGUUGAGGUUUUUGGAGAGUUUGUGCUUUCUUGCGUUCUUUGGCAGUUUAUAGGACAUGAGUGAAGAUGAAUGAGGAUGCAUUCGAGGUUCCAGAGAGGACCGAGUACCGCUACUUGGUACAGGAGGAGGAUGAGGAGGAGGUGCAGUAUGUGCGUCACAGACACUACAUCAGCCCCUUCCUGGUCCUGUCCAAACGCUGCAUCUUCCUCAUCUGCCUCAGCGUGCUCGCUCUGCUCGCUCUGGCCGCCUACCUGGGUUACAUAGCCCAGACGCUGCCACCGGGACUCGCCCAGGUGUCAACUGACUGUGGCGACGUUAGAGGAAGAUAUAAAAAUGGAGCCUACUCCUUUAAGGGCAUGUCCUACGCUGCUCCACCUGUUGGUGGCCUGCGCUGGGCUCCUCCAGCUGAACCGGCAUGCAAGAGUGGGGUUAUCGAUGCGGGCCACUUUCGCAGCAUGUGUCCUCAGGUGAGGCCCUUGUCGAGCACGGGGAAGGUGAUGGGCCAGGAGGACUGCCUGUUCGUCAACGUGUGGACCCCCACCCUGCAGCCUGACGCCAAGCUUCCCGUCAUGGUGUGGAUCCACGGAGGAUACCUGCACAUGCUCAGCGGAGGAGAGAAGGGAUACUCGCCUACGGAGAAGCUCGCCGCCGACACAAAAAUGGUUUACGUCAGCUUCAACUACAGACUCAAUGCCUUUGGCUUUCUCGCCCUGCAGAUGCUGAGAGAAGGUUCUCCAAGAAACACCUCAGGGAAUUAUGGCUUCCUGGAUCAGAUCGCAGCUCUGAAGUGGGUUCAGAAGAACAUCCGUGUGUUUGGAGGAGAUCCUGGCAAAGUUACCAUAUUUGGACAGAGCUCAGGUGGAACGUCAGUGUGGACCCUGAUGAUGUCACCAUUAGCCAAGGGUCUCUUUCAUGCAGCAGUGGACAUGAGCGGCUCGUACAUUUACAAUGCGACCCUGGAACAAGCCGAGGUGGACAACCUGGCGUUCCUGAAUAAGACGGGCUGCGGAGAUCUGGCCUGCCUGAGGCGCCUCUCUAUCAGACAGGUCCUGCAGGCCAUCCCAUGGCAGGAGUACCCCUCCUGGGCAGCAGAUGAGAUGACUGACCUCCCCACCAAAGGGAAAUCCAUCGGCCCGGUUGCAGUAGUGGACGGCUACGUCCUCAAAGCGCCCCCUUUUGAGCUGUGGGAGAAGAAAGGAGAGCACAGCGACGUCCCUUUCCUUGUCGGAACAACAGAGCAAGAGGCUGACUUCGCUCCUCCAUCUACAAACAUCUCCGAGUGGACCUGGGGGGACUACACGUGGUUCGUAACAGCUAAACUUAAGUCAUUCGGCGACGGUCUCGUCAAGGAGGCGUUGCGGCUGUAUCCAUCUUCAGCCUGGUGUCCAACCAAAGACCGCUGCCCAGAGAGGUCCUAUACCACCAUGGUGUCUGACAUCAGGGCCACCUGUCCCAACAACGACCUGGCCCAGAGGGCUGCAGCUGCUCUCAAAAGUCCGGUGUAUCGCUACGUGGUGAGGCACACGCCAUCCGGACCUGUCAACGCGUCCAGCGACCUGCUGCCGUUCCCCAGCCGCUUCUCCUUCCACUGCCUGGAUGCCGUGGCAUUCUUUGGAGGGCUGGAGUUCAUUUUAGGGAAACCUCUCUCCGAUAAGGACCGGAGCUUUCAGGAUCUCAUCACACGCAAUCUCGUCAGCUUUGCCAAAACAGGUAAGGUGGAGACAAAGUGGUCCGAGUACCCAUCAGCCAUUGCUUUCUUGUCCGACGUCCUCAAGGUGGACAGGAACUACACCUCUCCUCGGUGUGAUCUGUGGAGGAAGAACGGCCUGUAUGCCUACGCCUGGAUGAACUGAGCACAGACGGCAGCUGGAAGUCACUUUGCAGUUUCUCUGCUUUGUCUCUCAUCCAGCUCAAAUCCCACAGCAGCCGCUGUCGGUUUGAAUCCUCAACAGAGAUGAAACGUUUGAUUACUCAAUCUUAAAUCUAUUAUUUUAAAGUCCAGCAACGAGCCAUAUUUGUGUUUUAAAUAAUUUCUCACUUCAUUCCUAGUUUAAGUUUGUGUGUUUUUUUUCAGUUACAUUUCAGUUCAGGGAAUUCUGGCUGAUCCACAGGAUGUCGCUAUGGACCGUUUUAAAACGAACAGCUUUAUAUUCAAGGAAGCUUAACUUGUUUGCAUUAGAGCGAGGUGAGAAAGACUUAACAGACUCUGGGUCUACAUAAAGUAACUGUACAUUAAACUACGCGUGUGUGUAAGUGUAACGAAGCAGACCAAGGGGAGCUGCAGUGAACUUGGGUUGUUAUGGGUUUCAAAGAAAACAUGUUUGUGCCAAAUCAAUCAAAGUCCCCUUUAUCUGGGUGCAGUUAUGUAACAUUACUUUAAAACACACAGGAAGUUAAACUUCGCUGAUCUGCUGAAAAUGUUUAUAGAUCAAAAACGAGUUAGCACCCUCUUCAAAAAGCUCGUGAAAUCCACUCGACUGAGGGAAAGUUCCUCAAGUCUGGCUCCUCAGAGCAGUUUUGGAAAUAUACAAAAGAAAGUUUUCUUUCCUCAAAUUAAGCUUUAAAAAGGUAAAACAUUUGGAUAAAGUCAGGAAUGCUGUUUUCCUCCUCUUUAUAUGUAAUAUGAUGAAACAUUUCUAAACGUAGAGUCUCUAAGAAGAAGUCCCUGUGUGACCGCUCACGCUGUGCAGCAGCUUCUGUUUCAGACUGACCUUUGAAUGCUCAUCACUGGGAUGAGAGCGGGUCUGCAGUGCCGUGUCAGUCAAAACAGAGGAAACACUUUGGCCACACCAACACAAUCUCCUCUUAUCAACUGCGCUAACUGAAAGAUUUGCCUUCCUGCAACUUCAUCCACUCACAAAAAUGAAAAUGAAAGUGAAGUGUCUUUCAAGGUUUUUAGAAACUGAAGAGAAUCCUGUGCACUCUGCAGAUGAAUAAGUGUAAGUGGGGACUGGGUCUUUCAGAAAGUACCAGCUGCUCUGAGGGCAGUUCAGAGGCGUACAAGGAGACGCAUUUGAUUUCUUCUUUUUUAUAAGCCAGAACAUUUCGUCUCCAGCUGAUAAAAAGCAAUAAUAACCUUAACGAAGGCUCAGCGUGUCUCUCAUCUUUGCAGAUUGUUGCUGCUAAAGCCUUUAACUGCUUCUAAUGUUUUUAAAGAAGUGCGAAGGUUCUUCAGAUCAUUUGUUUUCUAAAGACGGGCAAAGUCUUGUUAAAUAUAUUUGAGAAUUCAAAGGAAGGAUAUCUGGAUUCUCAUUUCACUAUCAUUUCUGUCAACCUGGAAUUUCGGAGUUUGCCAGGACACAUCCUGUCCCGAUGACUGAAAGGCUUUUCGAGGAUUUACUUUGUGUACUUUAUUCAGAUGUUAAAUGAAAGACUACAGUUACAUUCCUCCUGCUUCACAGAGUUUAGUGAAGUCGCAAAAUGAGUUAAAAAGAAAUGAUCUUAAUAAGAAGCUUAACGACACUUUGUAACCAUUUGUCUUAAUUCCAAAGUUCACUCAGACAGAGACACGAACAUAAUUGUUACAGCUGUAAAAGUAUGUAAGUAAACCCAGGUCAUUUUCACACUCUUUGUCUGUAUUUACAGAGGAAAUAUUAAGGUAUGAAGGGAAUAUUUUUAAAAAGGAGUUUUUUUGCUUUAUAAUUUCAAGAAAAAUGUGUCUGUGUUAUUGUCAACUGUGAACGUGCUGUUGAGUCACAGGAUGUUAGUUUUGAAUUUUGUCACUUUCUGCUGUUUGCACUGAUUUCAAGCUUGGCCACUGCGAACAUGUGAACACGUUUCGUUCUUUGUAUAUUUGAUUCAAUUUGUUUUGAUUGGUUUUAAAUGCUCGCUUCCUUUUGCUCCUCAUUUGUUGUGUUGUUAUGUGAAUCCAAUCAGCAGAGAUUAUGUGUUUAAAGAUGUACCACAUUUCCAUUUUAAUCAAACGACACUAAUCAUUGCCAUCAGUCUGUUUUUAUCUGCUUUGGUUUUGCAUCGUGUUUCUGUUGUUUUUGGAAACAGCACUUUGAUGAUUAUAUUUGUUCGUGUGUUCGUGUGUUGAUGUUCACUUUUGUAUGUUCAAUAAAAUUGCAUCAUGCUGACUGUUGUUAACCUGCUAAA